CUUUGGAAGAAAGCUGCUGGAAGAAAAAAGAAAGGAAAAUCUCUGUGACAGAAGCAAGUUGAAGCCAUGUUCUCAGUGCUACAGAAAACCGUCCGGCCAAUUCAGGCUGCCAGAGGAGUGCAUCAAUCUGCAGUGAAGAUCCUGAAGCAUCCAGCUCCGGAGGACACAGUCACAGCCAGUUUUGGACAGUUCAUCAGUGAAAUCAAGCCCCAGCAUUUGUCCCCUGUUGUCCUCCAGCGCAGUAAAAGGAUGGUGCUGGACAGCAUUGGGGUCGGCCUCAUUGGAAGCACAACAGAUGUCUUUGAUCUGGCCCUGCAGCACUGCCAGCACAUGUAUGCACCUGAUUUCAUCAGCUCUGUGUACGGCCGCAGCAACGUCCGGCUUUCCCCAACCCUGGCUGCUUUCGUCAACGGAGUGGCAACUCAUUCCAUGGACUUUGACGACACCUGGCAUCCAGCAACGCACCCAUCAGGGGCCGUCCUUCCUGCUGUGUUAGCGCUUAGUGACAUGAUGCCAGCCAGCAGGAAACCCAGCGGUCUGGACUUCUUACUCGCGUUUAACGUGGGCAUUGAGAUCCAGGGCCGCCUGAUGAGGUUCUCCAAUGAGGCCCGCAAUAUUCCUAAAAGGUUUCAUCCUCCCACUGUCGUCGGUCCCAUGGGAAGUGCAGCAGCCUGUGCUCGCCUCCUGUCUCUGGAUUCCUCUCAGUGCAGUCAUGCCUUGGCGAUAGCUGCUUCCUUGGCUGGAGCUCCCAUGGCUAACGCUGCCACUCAGUCUAAACCCCUCCACAUUGGCAACGCCUCACGCCUUGGGCUUGAAGCUGCCCUUCUGGCAUCCAGAGGCCUAGAGGCCAGUCCUCUGGUGUUGGAUGCUGUUGCAGGAGUGGCAGGCUUCAGUGCUUUUUAUGAAGAUUACAAGCCACAGCCGUUAGAUUCACCCCAUGAUGGCCAUGCAUUCCUGUUAGAGGAGCAGGACAUGGGCUUCAAGCGCUUCCCCGCCCAUCUGGGGAUGCACUGGGUGGCAGAUGCUGCAGCUUCUGUCCAUAAGCUUCUAGUGGGCGUUGGUCCUGGAAAGAUCUCUCCAGAUCAAGUCCAGGACAUCUUGCUCAGAGUCCCCCUCUCUAAAUACAUCAACAGGCCUUUUCCUGAGUCAGAGCAUGAGGCUCGCCACUCCUUCCAGUUUAACGCCUGCAGCGCUCUCCUGGACGGUGAGGUGACUGUCCAGUCCUUCACCCCCGGCGCCAUUAGACGACCCGAGCUUCACGCUCUGUUGAGUCGCGUUCGGCUGGAGCAUCCCCACGACAACCCCGCAAACUUCAACCUGAUGUACGGGGAGGUCCAGGUGACACUUGUGGGAGGAGACCUUCUGAAGGGACGCUGUGAUACCUUCUACGGUCACUGGCGCAACCCGCUGACCAACGAGAGCCUGAGGAAGAAGUUCAGGAACAACGCAGAGGUAGUGCUUCCAUCAGCGAAGGUUGAGCGGCUGAUUGAGGCGGUGGACGAGCUGGACAGACUUGACGAAUGCCAGGACUUACUCUCACAGCUGCAAUGAAGAUUUGCAAAUCUACACUACAAAAUAACAGAGUCUGACUAUUUAGUGCAAAGUAACCUCAAAAUGCAACAAAAAAUAUGCUGAACUUUAUAUUUAUACUAAAAAUAUUUUAUUAUCACAAAGAGUUUAAUUUACCAAAGAAGAAGAACAUUAAAAUGCUUGCUGGUGUGUAAGGUUGAGUUUCUUGAAUCUACACAGAGAAAAUAUUUAGUCUAAAAAGAAAAUCUAUAAUGUGAAUGAAAAAAGAAUGUAAUUAAAACAUCAGACAACAACAACAUGGGUCUGAAGAGGGUGUGUUUAGUUAGUGUUAUAUAGUGCUAUUUAAUAUUUAUAUAUGUUGUAUGGCUGAAUCAGUUGUUUAUUGAAAUAUUUGUUUAAGGCAAUGCCUCACAUAUUGUACUUGGCGAAUGUAGCACAUUUAUCUGGGUAUUCAUUCUAAUAAACAUGCUGAAUUCCUAAAUUGCUGUUUGCGUGUGUAAUUUUCCAGUAAAAAAUGAACUUCACCUUUUUUCCAUGCAUAUUUUUCAUGCAUUUUCCUGCUAUCACUUUUGUUACAUCUUUCGUUCAUCAGCUCAUCAAUAAUAAGAGUAGAAGGCUGCUUCAAAAAUGUUAAGCCUCUUGAUCCCAGACAGAUCAUCUGAUUAAAAUGAUCAGAUCAACGAAUGGAUGGAUGGAGACGAUAAGAGGAGUGUGAGGAACUUCAUCUUCCUCUCAUGCUUCUCCAUGCAGAAUUUAACAGCUGUGCAUCGACUUUGUCACUAGACGCUGUGUAAUGAGAAGCCAAAGAGCGGCGUGGGAUCUUGCCGUAUGCCAUAGUUUUCAUCAAAGUGAAAUAUUUCUCGGCAAAACACUGAACUGUUUUUCUCUCAGCCAAAGUCAAAAUCGGCAUGUCAGGCUUUUUAAACAUCGGUAAACAGAGAUCGGCCAGAAAACUGCAAUCGUUGCAGCCCAACUUAAGAUGGAAUACAUUCACACAUAUUCUUGACAUUCUUUGAUUAAAUAAAUUUAUCUUAAGCAUAACUCCAAUUGCUGAAAA